AUGCAGCGGCCGGGGGAGCCGGGCGCAGCGCGCUUCGGGCCGCCCGAGGGCUGCGCCGACCACCGGCCGCACCGCUACCGCAGCUUCAUGAUCGAGGAAAUCCUCACUGAGCCUCCGGGGCCCAAGGGCGCCGCUCCUGCCGCCGCCGCCGCCGCCGCGGGCGAGCUGCUCAAGUUCGGCGUGCAGGCGCUGCUGGCGGCGCGGCCCUUCCACAGCCACCUGGCCGUGCUGAAGGCCGAGCAGGCGGCGGUGUUUAAAUUCCCGUUGGCGCCGCUUGGCUGCUCCGGGCUGGGCUCGGCGCUGCUUGCCGCGGGGCCUGGGCUGUCGGGCGCUGCCGGCGCGCCGCACCUGCCGCUCGAGCUGCAGCUCCGCGGGAAGCUGGAGGCUCCGGGCGCCGGGGAGCCGGGCACCAAGGCCAAGAAGGGGCGUCGGAGCCGCACCGUGUUCACCGAGCUGCAGCUGAUGGGCCUAGAGAAACGCUUCGAGAAGCAGAAGUACCUCUCCACGCCCGACAGAAUAGAUCUCGCCGAGUCCCUGGGUCUGAGCCAGUUGCAGGUGAAGACGUGGUACCAGAAUCGAAGGAUGAAAUGGAAGAAAAUAGUGCUGCAGGGCGGCGGCCUGGAGUCUCCCACCAAGCCCAAGGGGAGGCCUAAGAAGAACUCCAUCCCCACGAGCGAACAGCUCACGGAGCAGGAGCGCGCCAAAGAGGCGGAGAAGCCGGCGGAGGCGCCGGGAGAGGCCGGCGACCGGAGCCACGAGGACUGAGCGCGGCAGAGGGUGCGGGCCGAGGGAACCCCAGCGCAGUCCGCUGCCCGCAUAACCCGCCGGAAGCCGCGAGUCGGCCCUUCUGCGUCCACGCCGUUUGCUUUCUAAACUUUUGUUAUUACCUUGAAUGCGGACAGUUGGGGGCCAAACAAGGAAGGACAGACCCUGAAGCCAAACCCGUGCGCUUGCGGGCCCUAGCCUGGAAACUCAAGUCCAGCACGGCGGAAGGUCGCCUCCGCUCGGAGCUCCGCGGCGCCAGGCGCUCCACGCGCAUUCACGCCCCGCUCCUCUCCUGCACCCCCCACUCGCCUCGCGCCGGCCCCCCCACCCCGCCGGGCCCGGACGCCUCCAGGCACACACCCGCUUCCG